AGCAGAAACCACUAGAACUCAACCAGAGUAAUUCCAACAUCAAGAAUGACAAUGAAGGCAGUAUUUCAAAACUUCUGCAUUUUUCUGCUCUUUACAAUACACGUUUCAUGUUUUCCACGACGAAAUGACGUCACUCUCAAUUUCGAACUCGAGAGACCGUCUUACAGCAGGACCGCUGACACAAAUGAGCCGGAAGUGACGUUAUCAGAAAAUUUUUCCAAAGUUCUUUCCCCGAAUUCUUCAGUGGAAUUGAAUUCCUUUUUGGAAAACGAUGAUAGAAUUGUGCCUUACGACAAAGAAUUCAAGAGACAAAGCAAUCUCCAUCCAUGCCACUUAAAGCCACCUAGCAUUUCUACUAUAUUGCAUCUGGAUGGCACGAUGACGAUCAUAAGAAAGUGUUUCUGCAAGCGAAGGACAUUGUUUGCUUGCUUGAACUCUAUAGUGAAGUCCCAAUGUGAAGAAGUACCAGCCAGUUACAGGGACUCAAACGGCAGACUCGUGUAUUAUGCCAGAGAUUGUAAGUGUUCACCAUAGAUGACUCAAAGGCUUUAUAACAAACUGAACAAUAAAUUAAUAUUCCCAUCUUUGUAUUGAUGACUGACCGACCGACA